GACCGCAGAGGCUCUGAUUUGUGUGGAUGAUGUACGAGUAGCGCGUCGCUUGGAGACGCGACGGUGAAGGAGCAAAUAGCUAAUCGCGGCAGGGUUUGCCGUCUCCUUUGUUUUUCACGUGGUUUUCCUUCACUGCUCAAGACCGUGACCAAGGUUUUGGUUUGAUGCUUCGAUAGCUCAUGUUCUUUGCUUCGAUUUGCGUGCGUAGCUCAUGUAGCGCCAACCGGGCUUCUCCUCGAGGAACACUGCUUGACGCACACGCCUCGAAGCGGGGCCUUUCACCUCUUGCCGCAGCGCACCGCGGGUGUGUCACUUGGGGAGGGUUUGUUGGUGCUCUUGUCGCAUUUGCAGAGAUCAAGCAUGCCAAACGCAAGGCAUUCUCAACCUAUCCAACCAUGAGACACAGCUCAAGUGGGCAAAGUGGAGGAGCAGGGUUUCCUGUUGGGGUUGUUGCUGCUUUCGACAUCCUCGUGACCUCGGUUCUCGUGCCAAAUUUAUUGACACUCUUGCUGGCAGCUCCUGGGCUCUAUCAGCCUUUGUGGCUGAUAUUUGGAAGCGCAAAUCCAGGCAUGGUGGGUCCUGCGCUGGGGCAUGGGCUUUUGCUCACAGUUUGCUGGCUAGCCAGUGCCAUUUGCGCGCACACUUUUGAUAAAGAUGUCACUGGGGGCGAUGAGUCGAAAAACUUUAACAUUUGGUGGCGCCUGUUCAUUGCAUUCUUUGUGAAUGCCUGGCUUUUGUUCUUUGCAAGCUCUUUCAUUGGGCUUUUCCAGCCUUUCCGCCAAGCGGAUGUGCUGGACAUGGGGAUUGACAAGGAUGUCUUUGGCCCAUCAGGCUUGAAUAUUGAUAUGAAGGUCCAACGGCAAAUCCUUGACCUCAAUCUAGACCUUGCGAUGGAAGUCUUGCUGCUAGGUCCCUGGCGUCUCUACUGUGCUGGUGUUGGUUUCAAGGACCUCGAGGAUAUUUGGAGCGAUUAUUUCAGGCAAAAUCGGUGAUCACGAUGCCUCAUGGGGGCCUCAUGCAUCUCAUGAUCUCUCAUGCUGGCCACAGGCAACGGUGCCGCUCCGCAAGUGCUACUGGAGGGGCGAUGAGACGUGGCUUGAUCGAGGUGAAACAGAGGGAGACGGUGUCACAGCGGUCAAGUCUGCACGGUGUGAAGAAGAUGUUGAAGGAGCUGGACAUCUCUGGACGUUUGGCAUUCAAUCGACGGCCCCUGUACUAUGCCGUGCUGUGAUUUGCCCGCUGUGCUGUUCGGUGAUCGCAACAAAAAGAGGUCACAGGUCGGAUUCGGU